AUGGCUGCCUCGAGGCCCGCACGGCCAAAGCCCCUGGACUGGUCGGGCCCAUCUCAACUUGCUAUCUUCAUCCGCAACCUGAAACUUCUUCAAUUAGACCAGCGCGAUAACUGGCCCGGUAUCACCAUCCGCGCGUUGUCCCCGUCGUCGCAGAACCAGCGCCAGCGAAUUCGCCUGGUAGAAUGGUCAUUAUACUAUCUGUUUACGAUCUGGGAUCCCGAAGGUGCUCAAAAUAAAUUACGUCCCUUUUUCCCACCGCUAGAACCCCUACAAUCCGUCAACCUCCGUGCAGCUAUAUUCCGAGCUCUAAGUGAAUUGAAGAAGAAUGGUGACCUCGGGCGAGAAACGAUCCUUCGCAAGACGAUGCUGGAUGACUGUAAGGGGGAGAAAUUCGACGAACUGCUUGCGGUCUUUUCCACGGCAGUCUUACGGAAGUUGGUGACCGCAUCGGCAUCGGAGAUGAUAUGGAAUCCUGCAAUGACACUAUCUACCGUCUCGUCCAUUUCUCCGACAGACUAUCAAAACAUGAUACCGUUGAUACUUGCCCACCAAGUCUCUCUCAAUGCGACGGGAGCUCGCCGCUCGAGAGUACAGGAGACUUAUGAGCAGUUCUCGCGGCUACUUGAUGAUAAGAAAGUCGAACUUACAGAUCGGGCGAACACUGUUUCCACGCAACAUCAAGAUCGGCCACGGAUGGAUUCGGAUGCAUUGGCACAAGAGCUUCAAACGAAUUGGUUGGGCAGCGAGGAAUGGGCUACCGCUCUUCUGGACGGCGGAUCCCAAAGCAGCACCGACGCUUUUCUGGAGCUUCCAUUUUCCAAAGCAUGGAAGCAGGCUACGGAGUCGACGGUUGAAGGUCUGGGCAGCGGAAUCAAAUCGGAUCUCGUGGUGGACCUAGAGGCUCGAGUGCUGCGAUUACGAGGUCGACUGCGCAGAUGGCAUGAAUUCAGCGAUUCCCUUCGCAAAGAACGCGAUGGAGGCGAAGGUGCAACCAAUUCCACUUUUCAGGAAUCCCGUCUGGUUUUCCGAGACCACCAGUCAUUGACGGUGGCAAGUAUAUCCAAGGCGGUUCGAGAAUCAGCAGACCGUGGGAGAACCCUAAACGAAGCCGAUCGUUCUCUUAUGUCGAGUGUGAACGAGGCCAUCACAAGAGUAAAUGGCAAUUCUCGCAUUGAAAAGACUCAGUCAUCGGUGAGCUUUUCGGAGACAGUCUCACCACCAACCUCAGCGAUGAACAACCCUCAACCGACAAGACCAUCGAUAUCAGAGGAUACCCAACCUUCGAUACCUUCAACACGCAAUUCGCCAGAAAUACCAAUCGAACCACAAGCGGAGCCUACUUAUUCAUCACCUCCAACUGUCCACCUUCCCCUGGACCAUCACUCCGAAUCCGACGAAUACGAAGAACAAAACCCAGAACCCCCCAAGCCCUCAACAUCAAGCUACACCCUCGUCGAACGCACCCGCAAAUCAAUGUCCCUCAUCCCACCCCUCCCAGCCCACGAAUCUCAACCAAAACGCCGAGGUCCACGCCCCUCAUUCCCAGUGAACCAAUUCGAAACACCUCGCAAAUCCUCGCGACCAAAAAUCACCCGUUCCUCUACGCCGCAGGAUAAACUCUUUGAAGAGGACGCUGAUUAUGCGAGCGUCUUUAAAUCACGGCCUCGUGUGGCUCAUAGUCCUAUCUCUUCGCCGGCUGUGCAUGUUAGUCCGUCGAUGGAUGAAGAUGAGGGGUUUGAGUUGGAGUAUGACGAGACGGAUUUGAGGGAUAUGGAUUCGCCUUUGGUUACGUCGCGGUUUCGGGGGUGA